AUGUUCCGUUCUAUGAGAAAUGCCGUCAGAGGCAGUAACAUGAGAUCGUUCUCAACCGCAACAGGUGCGGUUUCUAACGGCUGGAUCCGCCGCGCAGGCGUUGCGGGCGCCGUCGCGACUGGUGUCGCUGCGUCCGCCGCUCUUUACGCCGACUCGCUCACGGCUGAUGCCAUGACCGCAGCCGAGCACGGUCUGCAUCCACCUGCCUUCGGAUGGUCUCACAACGGUCCAUUGGAGACUUUCGACCACGCUUCCAUCAGAAGAGGUUACCAAGUGUACCGUGAAGUGUGUGCCGCGUGCCACUCGCUCGAAAGAGUCGCCUGGCGUACGUUGGUUGGUGUUUCCCACACCAACCAAGAAGUGCGUGAAAUGGCCGAAGAAUUCGAGUACGACGACGAGCCUGAUGAGCAAGGUAACCCUAAGAAGCGUACUGGUAAGCUCGCUGAUUAUAUCCCAAGCCCUUACCCCAACGAGCAGGCUGCCCGUGCCGCUAACCAAGGUGCUUUGCCUCCCGAUCUUUCUUUGAUCGUCAAAGCUAGACACGGUGCUUGCGACUACAUUUUCGCCCUGCUUACCGGUUACCCAGACGACCCACCCGCCGGUGUUGUCUUGCCUCCUGGAUCCAACUACAACCCAUACUUCCCAGGUGGUUCCAUUGCCAUGGCCCGUGUUUUGUUUGAUGAUUUGGUCGAAUACGAAGACGGAACCCCAGCUACCUCUACUCAAAUGGCUAAGGACGUCACCACCUUCUUGAACUGGUGUUCCGAACCUGAACACGACGAAAGAAAGAGAUUGGGUCUAAAGGCUAUCAUUGUAUUGUCCUCGUUGUACUUGCUCUCCGUGUGGGUCAAGAAGUUCAAGUGGGCCGGUAUCAAAAACAGAAAAUACGUGUUCAACCCUCCCAAGAAAUAA